GAUGGAUUACUCUGUAACCUGAGACGCAAGAGUGUAGAUCGCUUCGGCGGUCGUAGCAGCCGUAGGCAAUAGUCAUCCUGCCGUCCUGCCCAACUGGUCGACAGCGAAUUCACAGUGGACACUCAUGCCAGAUUCGAUCUGCCCGCCCGACCGGGAUGCUCCCUAUCAGGCUCAUUGGGCCUCUUUCCGCCGGAUUUCAGGGUCCAGCGGGACCGCAUUGAGGAACAUUACUAGCCUGUGUCCGCCCAUGGUCUCGAGGCCUCCGUCUGGAGUCUUUUCGGAUCGUGUCUCCCUUCGUCGUCGGCUGACGUGCCACCUCUGGCUUUGAACGAAGUGCCAUAACGUACCCACUCUGAAAGACAUGACUUAGAGCAGAAACAGUCUCAUCAAGCGUGCACAUGGGCGUUGUCGCCCCUGGAUGCCUCCCGAGGUCGUCGCCCUGGGGUCCUUACAAGGCUCAGGGUUGUGUCGUCUUUGGCUCUGAGCAAUUGGCAUUUGAUGACCAAUCGGACUAGAGAGGAGGGCAAUUGUGAUCAUUUCGGUGAGACUGUAGACUGUUGGUCGAAUUAUAUCUUCAGGCGACCAAGUUCUCCGGUUAGGACGAGGCUGUCAAAUAUUUGAGUCUCGAUUAUUCUCGAGCGAUGAACCACGCUCGCUCAUCAACUACAGUUGCGGCAUCAAUGUGGCCAGAACAAUCCGUUCAACAAACUGUACACUGUACAAGUCGUGCAGAUUCCUGGGGGAGAGAUAGCAACAUGUUGACCAGCCGGAUACAGGUUUGCUGCCUAGAGCUACUGCCUGGGUCCCCUGGAGUGAGGCGUCUUUCCUGCAUGCUGAGCCCAAUGAGCUUGUUCAGUCUGUGCCGCGUCUCUGCAAUGUGCACUUUGGCCGCUUCAUCAGCCUCACUUCGAGACCUGGGCACCCCCCACCCCCCGCGCCGUUUUCUAUCGUUGAGCCAGUGGGAGGAGGCCCGCUUAUCCAGCGUGGCUGGUAGGAUCUGGAAAGAGGCGCCAUUGGGUUUCUGGCCAACGACCCUGUGUGUUGAGAUGCAGGUCCAUAUACCCAGGUGCAGCGAUGGAUCCCAGUCUGUCCCCGGGCCACGCUGGUCUUCGCAGCGUGCUCCUCGUCCUACUCGCGCGACAAAAUCUUCGACAUUAUCUGUCAUCUCUGUCCAGAAUGAGCAACGUAAAUGGGGAAGACGGUCGGAGGGACUCGACCCCUGUGUCCCCAACAAAUGACAGCACACGAAACCCAGUUGUACCCGAGCACGUGCAAGACGAAGGCCACGGGGAGAAGGAGUUCUUCAGCCCGGUCGAGCUCGACAGCCCUACAGUCCCACGUGGGAGGCACUUCAGCGAGACGAGCUUCCCCAUCCACCCUCAGGUCAUCAGCAGCAACAUCACCACGACACACUCUCCCAGCCUCGACACGACCGACAAGUCGGUGGCGGAAGCCGAGGUCGUUGUCGUACCGGUCGCGAGGCAGAGUGGCCUAGUCCCUCGGGGAGUGGGCACAUUAUGGAGGCGCAUGUCCAAGACGGUCAGGAACGUGCUGGUUGUUGUGGUCGUGUUCGCCGUUAUCGUGGUGGUGGCCACAGUCCUCGGCGUGCUUCUUGGACGUCGACACGAAGACAAGCAGGAGCCGGCCGAAGGCCAGUACGACAUUCUCGACACAUCCAAGCUGGCCGCGGUGGCCUUCCAGAACGUGGGGAACAUCACAGACAAGUCGGUCUUCUUCCAGGACGCCGGGUCGCUGGCCAUCAUGCGUGCGCGGUGGAACGACUCCGGCGUGGGGUGGCAGUUCGAGAACGUCUCGCAGUCCAUGACGGACGGCGGCUCGUCCAUCUUUCCCAGGGCCGGCACGCCCCUGACUGCGGUGGCCCCUGACGCCGUGGACGCCAAUGACCUCCCGCGUUUCUGGGUCGACCUGUACUUCAUGUCGCUGUCUAACAUCCCCUACCAGAUCUGGACGUGGAGCACGCCGCAGACGGAUCCGUCCAAGGAUCUGCUGUGGCACCAGGAGGGCCUGCAGACGUACCAGGUCAUCUUCACAACGGGCUUCGCCAAGGGCACGCAGCUGGCCGCGUACCGUGACAGCUGCGCGGCCGAGGUGUGCUCGCAGGACAGCAGGCUGCUCUACCAGGGCCGAAACAACGACUUGAUGCUGGCGUCGAGCCCGGUCCAGAACUGGAUGAUAUGGAACGUGACGAACCUCUCGGUCGACGACGUGCCUCAGCUGCCCCAGCUGGAAAUGAACUCCAGUCUCGCCGUGACGAGGUUCUCACCAGACCCGGGCCCGGCAGCCGAGCCGAGCGGCAUGCGCAUGUAUUAUGACGUGAGCCACCAGCUGGAGGAGUACACGUUGGUGAAUGGGACAUGGACGAACGGCAGUUUCGAGGCAUCGCUGGGUGACCAGGUCACGCCCCCCGAUGUGGCCGUCGUGGCCUACGCGAACGAGACCGAUAGUGGCGGCCGAGGCCUGGACCACACGCUCAUCACUAUCCUCUUUCAGAAUGGCUCCGUCGUCGUACACUGGCAGGAUUCACUGGGCGGGCCGUGGAAGAUGGGGCUCGCCCCGGCCGAGGUGAACGCGACAGCCCUCGCGCUUGAUUAUGACUUGCGGGCAUACUCCUUAUCUCCCGGCAAGAUUAUCCAGGAGUGGCAGAUCGAUAGGUCCGACCCGACUCUGUGGAGUUUGGUCAGUAAUGUGACGAAGACGUAACAAGCGAACGCAGGUAUAUUACCACAAGGAGGAGGAUGAUGAUGAGGACACUGCUGUAUUCGCGCAAUAUACGUACAAACCCGCACACUUACAUGUCAACGAAUUCACAUAACUACUAGAGCAUUGGCCUCAGUACAGCCUUGGUCAUUGCUUGCUUGACAUGACAAAUCCUUUCCGGUGAAAUAAUUCCGAAGAGGUCUCCCCGGAGUUAGAUAUCCGCGUCUGUGCGAUCGAUAUAAAUGCUGGGACAGUUGUGUGGAGAUGAGAGUCCAUGGGGAUCUCGCUGAAGUCCUGCGUGCCGAUUGAGCCAUGGAAUACUGCUGUCUCCAAGACAUAAGACACAUUUCGGAGUGGUACUUAGCCCUUUGCAAUGGUUCAAGGUUGAAGAGGAAUGGUGAACUCGUUUAGAGAGCAACCUUCCCAGUUGAGGUGUAAGACUGAGGCAGCUUCUGAGGGCCAAGCACGGCACGUAUGGAAUCCAAGGGGAUACAG